AUUUACUCCUCACUCAAUCCCUUUGAGAUACCAGAGGGAUUGAGUGAGGAGUUUUAAGACUAUACUCAUUUCUUUUUCACAUUGUCACCAGACUUUUUACAGACUACACUCACUUUUUUUUACCUCAUCACCAGAUUAGUCCAGCAAGAAGUAUUCUUAUUUAUAAGAGCUUUAUCGAAUAUAACUCACAUAUCAUCUAAUUCACCCAUUUACGUGUACAAUUCAUUGGCUUUUAGUAUAUACGCAGAUGUAUGCCACCAUCAUUCAGUCAACUUAAAACAUUUUCAUUGUAUCUAUGUCAUCCCCUUGAAUAAAAAAGAACCCUAGUUUGCCCUCAUAAAAACAAUACAAAAAAAACCCAUUUUCAUCUCCUUAAACAGAAACUCUAUACUCUUUAGCCGUCAUCCCUCAUCUCCCUACUUCCUUCAUCCCCUCCCCAACCAACCCAAUUUUUAUAUAUAUUUUUUUUCAUUGAUGAACAUGGGCUUCCCCGAUGGGCAGAGCCAGAUAAAGUAGGCUGUAGCUUAACCCAAGAAAUGAAAACAGCUUCUCCUGCUUGCAAUCCUUACCUCCCAAUGUGUCUGCCCCCAGCAGCAGUGGCGUCCUCUUUACUUUUUAGAAAACUGAACAUAAGAUUAGGAUACUCUGAGUGCCAGGCAUUAUGCUAGGUGCUUUCAGAUACACAUUCUCUUGAAACCUUCCCAACAACUGUCAAGGAGACAUGAGCCCCAUUUCACAAAUGAUGAAAUGAAACUCAGGGAAGUUUGGUGUUUUGCCUAAGGGUCACACAGCUGGAAUUAGAACCCAGCUGCCUGACUCCAAAGCCCAUGAUCUUUCCACUUCAUGGGACAGUUUAGGUGCCUGCUUUCCUAGCCCUGGCCCUGAAUCCUGUGUCCUACCGCAGACACCAUCCCUGACUCUCCUCCCAGCAGAUGUGUGGGGGGGUGAGGGGAAGGGUUGGCCUGAUCCAGGAGAUGACCUCCUAGUCUCCAGGCCAAGAGGCUUUCCCUGGGGUUUUCUGCUGCUUCAACAUUCAGCCUAAGUGCCCUCUCCUCCCAUACUGAUUCCACCGCCCUUGUAAAAGAUUGCUCCACAUCACAGAGCCUACUGGCCUGGUAUCCAGCAGGUGCUGAAUUAAUAUCUAUUGGCUGUUUCCUUUUGUUGGUUUGCCUCCUUCCUAUCUUAUACACCUUAUACUGUGACCUAGUCCUAUGCAUCUGGAUUUCCCCAGCGCCCAGCUCUGUGCAGGCACAUAAAAUGUGAAAGCAUUCACUGAACGAAUUAAGAAUUCCUGGAUGGGUCAGGGGACUCUUCCCCCGGACAGGGUGCCAAAAGGCGGGCAGCUCGCGGCACAACCAUCUCCAGGCCUCCAAGGAAACCAAGGGCAGGCGGCUGCGGUGAGCGCAUCGGUGCCCGGCAGGUGGCGCCGCAGUCCCGAAGCCUCGGGUUCUUUCCGCGCCUCGUUGGACGUGGCACUGGGUCACGCAGCCCCUCUUCCUUCCGCCCGGGCAGCCCACCGGUCCGACUGUGCGCACGCUGUGCCCUGUGGGCGCGUCUCGGGCUCCGAUCCUGCCCCGCUCACCGGGCGACCGGCUGCAGGACGCGCCAUGGCACUCCCGGGGUUCCGGGCCCGCGCCUGGGCGGCAGCGGCCAAAGUGGCCCAGAGGCGCCGCCGAGCGGAAGGUGCUGGAAGAUCCCGGAGUCCUGAGCCCGGGAACCAGCGCGCGGCGCUUUACGUCCACUGGCCCUACUGCGAGAAGCGCUGCAGUUACUGCAACUUCAACAAGUACAUCCCGCGUGGUGUGGAGGAGGCUGCCUUGCGGAGCUGCCUGGUGACUGAGGCGCAAACACUGCUGCGGCUCAGCGGGGUGCGGCGGGUGGAGUCUGUGUUCUUUGGUGGGGGCACCCCCAGUCUAGCCAGCCCCCACACUGUGGCUGCUAUCCUGGAGGCAGUGGCCCAAGCAACCCACCUGCCUGCAGACUGUGAAGUCACGUUGGAGGCCAACCCCACUUCAGCCCCAGGCUCCAGGCUGUCAGCAUUCGGGGCAGCAGGAGUCAACAGGUUGUCCAUUGGCCUCCAGUCCCUGGAUGACACUGAGCUCCAGCUGCUGGGGCGGACACACUCCGCCCGUGAUGCUCUGCAGACACUGGCAGAGGCGCGGCGCCUCUUUCCCGGGCGUGUAUCUGUGGACCUGAUGCUGGGGCUGCCGACACAGCAGGUGGGGCCGUGGCUCAGGCAGCUCAAGGAACUGCUGCGCCACUGUGACGAUCACGUCUCCCUCUACCAGUUGUCCCUGGAGCGGGGCACUACCCUCUUCACCCAGGUGCAACAGGGUGUCCUUCCUGCCCCUGAUCCUGAGCUCGCUGCUGAGAUGUACCAGGAGGGACGGGCAGUGCUUGGGCAGGCUGGCUUCCGCCAGUAUGAGGUCUCCAACUUCGCCCGGAAUGGGGCGCUUAGUACCCACAAUUGGACUUACUGGCAAUGCGGUCAGUACCUUGGCAUUGGGCCUGGGGCCCAUGGGCGAUUUGUGCCCCAGGGGGCCGGGGGCCAAGUUCGGGAAGCUCGGAUCCAGACCCUGGAGCCUGACAUCUGGAUGAAGGAGGUGAUGCUGUAUGGUCAUGGCACCCGGAAGCGCACCCCCCUGGGCAAGCUGGAGCUGCUGGAGGAAGUUUUGGCUAUGGGGCUACGCACAGACGUGGGGAUCACUCACCAGCACUGGCAGCAGUUUGAGCCCCAGUUGACCCUUUGGGACGUGUUUGGAGCAAGCAAGGAGGUGGACACAUUGUUGGAGCAGGGCCUGUUGCGGCUGGAUCACAGGGGUCUUCGUUGUUCCUGGGAGGGUCUGGCUGUGCUGGACUCUCUGUUGCUGACCCUUCUACCUCUACUCCAAGAGGUCUGGCAGCAGAGAGCCCUCUCCCCUGUGCCAGAAGGAUGACCAGAUGCUGCUGUAUCAGAGGGACACUGUGCCAGGCUUGAAGCUGCCAUUUUGGCCUGGUGCUGGGUAGCUCGGAUUUGGUGUCUAUAUUUUCCCUCCAGAAGAGGCUCGGACAGUGAGAACCCAUGUGUCUCUCAUCCCUGACACCAUCCACUUCCUGGGACAGACCUGCAUUCUGCAAAGAAAAGGACCUUAAAUAAUAGGAUUGCUACAGACUGAAUGUUUGUGCCCCCCAGAAUUUAUAUGUGGAAACCUCAUCCACAAGGUGGGGCUUUUGGGGGUGAUUAGGUCAUGAGGAUGGAGCCCUCAUGAAUGGCAUUAGUGCCCUACGAAAAGAGACCUCAGGGAGCUCCCUCUACCCUUCCACCACGUGAGGACUUGGAGGGAAGACAGACGUCUCUCAGCCAGGAAGCAGCCUCUCACCAGAUACCAAAUCUGCUGGCACCGUGAACUUGGACUUCCCAGCCUCCAGGACUGUGAGAAAUAAAUAUUUGUUGUCUAAGCCA